GUAAUUUCAUUAUUUUUCUUGAAUAUAACAUUAAUAAUAACAAUAUAAAUAGGAAAAGACGACAGUGAACGUUUCAAAUCUCAAUUCUUACAUGUACGUUUGUUACGAAUUUAUCUCUGAAAAGAUGAGGCAUGGAAGGGGAAAAUCAACAGUAAUCUGACAGUUCGCGAAAAUAUACUUAUAAACUCUACGUAAAGAAACUGGGUUUCUGCAAAUGUUUAUCGAAAGUAAUGUUGAAGUAUCAUCGCAGUCAUGAAAUGAAUGUGAAUCUCAAAAGAUGUGCUCAUCAAACAACAAUGUUGCUACGGAUUAGUACGACAAUCGGUUUAAUUAUUAAAUGUUUUCAGUUGAUGUAGGUUAGCCUGGAAUUACCAAUUAAUGUAUAAAAACAGUGUUUGAAUUUGUAUGUACUUGGUAAACGGCAUCGAGUUUGAUGCGACCAAGCUGUUACCACCAAAGUUACGGAGUCGAGCGUAUGAGCUUUGCAUCCAGACUUUUAACUGAUGCUGGUUCCAAUGGCUGACGAAAUAAUUGUCUUUUCAAAUGCAUUAGUAAAAAAUUAAGAAUACGUGAAAGUGCCAUAUCAAACAAUUGAGCAAAGGCAAUUGCCUAAAGUAGUCGCGCGAGUUUGUUCGCGAUCAGUCAGUUUAAAAAGCAAAAGUACAGCCCGAUAACCUUGAACUUCAUUGAUCAGCUCUCGGUCUUGAGCCUUGCACUUGAAAAAGCGACACGUGCAUCGUCAGCCUCUUUGUGGCCCCUCUCUCUCUCCUUCUCUGUGUCAAUCGUGCUCUGCUCCUACACUCACGCUUUUAUAAAUAACGUUGGCUUUUCGCGCUUUUCGCCACUGAUUUUCUUCAUUUGCAUCGCACUUAUUUCGCGUUGGUGCGUCGAUCGACUUGGUCGGAUCUAGUUGCCGCUAAUUGAGCUUCAUCAGUGCCGUUCAAAACAGUUCGCUCAAAGUACAUUGUGUAACAUUUCGCCUCUCUGUGUGGAGCUUCUUUCGAGGUCGAUUUUUGUUUCACAUUAGUGGUGGACUUAAUUUAACUAGAACAAGUACACGAUACAUUUCAGCUUUGAGACGACUAGACCUAACGCGCAUAGAAAAUGUUACGAUUACUCGAGACUUUGAGUGGACUUGAUUCUGCUGAUACAAGAGUAAUUGAUAAAUAUUAAUCAUGUUGGAUAUGACAAUAUCGGAUAUAAAAGACAUGGUUAAAGACGCGAAAGAGAAAGUUAUUCUUCACUGGAACUACAGAAAUUUGAAGGAAAUCCCAGAGGCAGUGAGAAAAGCGGGACGAAACGUGGAGGAAAUUUACUUGAAGUACAAUCAUUUGGAAUGUCUUCCUUACUGGAUAUCAGACUUUUCGAGGGUCACAAAUUUAUAUUUGCACGGCAAUCACCUCAAGAGUUUACCUGCUACAUUGUGUAAUAUGCUUCAGCUGACUAUUCUGGAUCUCAGUAAUAACGAACUGAAAGACCUUCCUAACGACUUGGGACGUUUAGCCAAUUUACGCUCUUUAGUUUUAAAUAAUAACUGCAUUGAAUCGCUACCUCCGUCUAUGUGUCAACUGCAAAAUUUAAAAUGCCUACAUUUAUCGAAAAAUCGUAUUAUUGCUCUUCCUGAAUGGCUUGGUUCGUUGCUCCAACUCGAAGAAAUAUUUGUCGAUUAUAAUUCUUUGAUAGAGAUUCCAAACAGAUUGACGCUGUUGAAAUCUCUGACAAUGUUGUCCGUUUGUUCGAAUAAUUUAAGUUACCUGCCACUAAAUGGAUUUCUUUCAUCACCUCACAUUCGUUUUGAUUCAAAUGCUUCGUUAAGUUACUUAUCGCUGCCUAUAUUUCACCACUUGGUAUCGAAAAUUCAACCGUACGAAUUGGAAGAAUCUACGGAUGCAUUGGCUUAUGGCUGUUUUAAAUACGAAGAGAGAACCAAAUGUAAGAAUAAUAUUAAAUUGUUAAUACGAGAUAAUAAUUCUGGAACAAACGAAAGGAUAGUGUUAGAAUUGCCAAGACAAUUAAUCUGCGUCUAUAGUCUUCAAGAGAAUAAAGUUAUUUCGUUAUGGGAAAUGUCUCUCAGAACAAUAUAUUGUCACAGGUAUCGACAUAAGCUUCGCAUUAUUCAAAAUCCGUCAAAAGUGAGCGUUGAAUAUGAGCGAAAUUUUACCAAGGCCACACUUAAUGAGAGUGAAUAUUCAAACUCUUUUCUACCCUACAAAUUAAUAAUGAAUGGCCCAACUAGCAUAUGCUUAAAUAACGAUUGCAAUCUACCUAUUUUCACUCACGCUUGGAUUAUUAUUGGAAUUAGGAAAAUUGAUUUUAUCAUUCCUGUGAUCGUGGUUUUUUGCAGUCAUAGAUGUGCCGCAGAGUUUGUCAAAUCAUCAAGCUUUACGGAAAUUUAUGAGAUUUGCUCUUUUCACAAGAUCAACUAGAAUGUAAAUAUUUUUAACAUGGAAUAUACAUUUUUUUAAUAAAAAGACG